UAAAUGCUUCAUUAACACGACGAGUAUUCGGCAAAGUUUAAAGAAUCCAUCUUAAAUCUUUACUUGGAAGCCAAGCAAACAAGAAACAAAUCAUGGCAUCAGGACAACGGGAGGCAGAGAGGUCCGCCAAGGCCGAGAGAGCUGAGGCUGCAGCGAGUCUAGCGGCUGAAGAUUUGAAAGAUAUCAACAAAGGUGAUGUGACGUACAAAUUAACGGAGAGGACAACGACGACCGAGCCUGAGAGGCCUGGCCUGAUAGGCUCGGUGAUGAAGGCGGUGCAAGGAACUAAAGACGCAGUCAUCGGUAAAAGUCAUGAUACGGCUGAGUCAACGAGGGAGGGAGCCGAUAUUGCAUCGGAGAAGGCAGCGGGGAUGAGAGACACCACCGGAGAGGUUAGAGACAGUACUGCGCAGAAGACUAAGGAAACUGCAGAUUACACGGCCGAUAAGGCAAGAGAAGCUAAAGAUAAGACUGCGGACAAGACUAAGGAAACCGCAGAUUACGCGGCAGAGAAGGCAAGAGAAGCUAAAGAUAGAACGGCAGACAAGACUAAGGAAACGGCAGAAUACACGGCGGAGAAGGCAAGAGAAGCUAAAGAUAAAACGGCGGAUAAGUUGGGUGAAUAUAAAGAUUACACGGCAGAGAAGGCAAAGGAAGCCAAAGACACGACGGCGGAGAAGCUGGGUGAGUACAAAGACUACACGGUGGAUAAGGCGAAAGAAGCUAAGGAUAAGACGGCAGAGAAAGCAAAGGAAACCGCGGAAUACACCUCGGAUAAGGCGAGGGAAACAAAAGAUAAGACAGCUGAGAAAGUGGGCGAAUAUAAAGACUACACGGCGGAGAAAGCAAAGGAAACUGCGGAUAAGGCGAGGGAAGCAAAAGAUAAGACAGCUGAGAAAGUGGGAGAAUAUAGAGACUACACGGCAGAGAAGGCGACAGAAACGAAAGAUGCAGGUGUGAGUAAGAUCGGAGAACUGAAGGAUAGUGCAGUGGACACUGCUAAAAGAGCUAUGGGUUUCUUGUCGGGCAAGACAGAGGAAACCAAACAAAAAGCCGUUGAGACCAAAGACACGGCCAAGGAAAAGAUGGACGAGGCGGGAGAAGAAGCAAGGCGGAAGAUGGAAGAGAUGAGACUUGAGGGCAAAAAACUUGACGAGGAUGCUUCUAGAAAGACACAACAGAGUACCGAAUCUGCUGCUGACAAAGCUCACGAGACUAAAGAUUCCGUAGCCCAAAGAGGUGAAGAAGGGAAGGGAAGUAUAAUGGGUGCGUUGGGGAACAUGACUGGAGCUAUAAAGAGCAAGCUGACUGGUGCUACGACGCCCUCUGAUGAGGAGACGCGCGCGUCGGCCCAUGGAGACGAGAGCACAGGGAAGACAGUUGUGGCGGUUGACGUGAAAGAUACUAGGCCUGGAUACGUGGCGACGGUACUGAAAGAGGCGGAUCAGAUGACCGGUCAAACUUUCAAUGACGUUGGAGAGAUCGAUGACGAGGAGAAAGUGAGAAUCGUCGUGGGAGAGAAAAAGCUGUAGUAAAAUUAGAACUAUACGUUUUGUGGUUUUCUGUAAAACGAUGAUAACAAGUUUUUCGUUUCUCUCUGUUAUGUUAUGUCUUUGUUCAAUCUUGACUUGUAAUAAAACUACUUCUGGUUUGCAUAUUCGAUUUUGAUUUUCGUUGUUGUGAAUAAUAAUUCUACUUAA